AUGGCCGCAUACCUCAAUAGCUUGGCCUGGAUCGUCACCAAGUCCACAACGUAUUCCAAACGUGCAAUUGAGUUCAUGAACGCCUGGGCAAGCACGCUUCAAGCUCAUACAAACAGCAAUGCGCCUCUGCAGGCAGGUUUUGCUGGGUCAGUGUGGGCCCGAGCAGCUGAGUUGAUCAGACACACGGAUGCAGGUUGGGCCGAUGCCGACAUUGCCAAGUUUGAAGACAUGUUGCGAGAUGUCUAUCUCCCACAAGUCAUUGUAGGCGCGCCUGGAUACAAUGGAAACUGGGAGCUGAUCAUGAUGGAAGCCGCUAUGGGCAUUUCAAUCUUUUUGGAUGACCAUGAAAGCUACGACGAAGCGAUGUUGAGGUUUCUCGACCGAGCUGCUGCUUAUAUCUAUCUAGAAAGUGAUGGUGAUAUGCCCCAUACAGCUACGGUAGAUGCCAAAUGGCUCAAGACGAACAAGGAUAUCAUCAAGUUCUGGAACAACCAGUCGAUUUUCAAUGUGAGUGGCCUGAGCCAGGAGACUUGUCGCGACUUUGAACACACAGGCUACGGGCUUGCCGCGAUGUCGCACGUGGCCGAGACCUCAAGAAUCCAGGGAAGGGAUUUGUACAAGGAAGAUACUGGAAGUCGGUUGCGAUAUGGACUUGAAUUCCAUUCCAAGUACACUUUAGGUGGCCUACAGCCAGAAUGGCUAUGCAACAAUGAGACACUAAGCACAUAUCUUGGUCCAGCCACUGAGAUUGGCUUUAACGCUCUUUCUUACCGUCUCGGGUACGCCAUGCCGUCUACUGAGAAGCUCACAGAGAAACAAAGGCCUUCAGGCGCUCUCCUUUUCUACGGAUGGGAGACGUUGACACACCUGCGAAAUUAG